CUGGCGGUGAGGUGGUUGGAACACAACUGCCGCUACCAGUACAUGGAUGAACUUCUCCAGUAUGUCCGCUUUGGCCUUAUGGAUGUCGAUACCCUGCAUACGGUAGCUCUUUCUCAUCCUCUUGUCCAAGCUAGUGAAACUGCGACUGCACUUAUUAAUGAGGCCUUGGCUUACCACCAGAGCAUCUAUGCACAGCCAGUUUGGCAAACCAGAAGGACAAAACCUCGCUUCCAGUCAGACACUCUUUACAUUAUUGGUGGGAAAAAACGUGAAAUCUGUAAAGUGAAGGAAUUGCGAUACUUCAAUCCAGUAGAUCAAGAGAACGUUCAUAUCGCAGGGAUUGCGAACUGGAGCGAGCUAGCGCCCAUGCCUGUGGGGAGAAGCCACCACUGUGUUGCUGUCAUGGGAGACUUCCUUUUUGUAGCUGGUGGAGAGGCAGAGCACUCCACAGGGCGCACUUGUGCGGUGAGAACUGCCUGUCGAUACGACCCCCGCACUAACUCUUGGGCUGAGAUAGCUCCAAUGAAGAACUGUCGGGAACACUUUGUCCUGGGAGCAGUGGACGAGUACCUCUAUGCUGUAGGGGGCAGAAAUGAAUUGCGUCAAGUGUUACCUACAGUGGAACGCUAUUGCCCUAAGAAGAACAAGUGGACCUUUGUACAGUCCUUUGAUCGAUCGCUCUCAUGCCAUGCAGGAUAUGUGGUGGAUGGUCUUCUUUGGAUAUCAGGAGGAGUAACAAAUACUGCACAGUAUCAAAACAGGCUCAUGGUCUAUGAUCCUAAGCAGAAUAAGUGGUUAAGCCGCAGCCCGAUGUUGCAGAGGAGAGUGUAUCACUCCAUGGCUGCCGUCCAAAGGAAACUUUACGUGCUAGGUGGGAACGAUCUCGACUACAACAACGAUCGGAUCCUCGUUCGGCACAUAGACUCCUACAGCAUAGAGGCUGACCAAUGGACACGUUGCAGCUUCAACAUGUUGACAGGUCAAAAUGAGUCUGGAGUCGCUGUCCACAAUGGUAGAAUAUAUUUAGUUGGCGGCUACUCGAUUUGGACAAAUGAGCCUUUGGCGUGUAUCCAGGUGCUGGAUGUUAGCAAGGAAGGGAAGGAAGAGGUAUUCUACGGGCCUACGCUCCCUUUCGCUUCCAACGGAAUAGCAGCGUGCUUUCUGCCAGCUCCUUACUUCACGUGCCCCAACCUUCAGACGCUGCAAGUGCCUCACCACAGGAUUGGCACAAUGUGA